CCCACCAGUGCCACCCACCAGUGCCCAUCAGUGCAGCCCAGUAGUGCUGCCAGUCAGUGCCACCAGUCAGUGCCCAGCGGUUGUGCCAGUCAGUGCCCAGCAGUGAUGCCAGUCAGUGCCACCUAUCAGUGCUGUCUAUCAGUACCCAUUAUCAGUGUCGCCUAUCAGUGCCACCAAUCAGUGCCGCAUAUCAGUGCCACCUAUCUGUGCCACCUCAUCAGUGCUGCCUAUCAGUGUCGCCUAUCAGUGCCGCCUAUCAGUGCUGCCUAUCAGUGCCCUUCAGUUGCCCAUCAGUGCUGCCUAUCAGUGCCCAUCAGUGCUGCCUCAUCAACGCACAUCAGUGAAGGAGAAAAAUUACCUGUUUGA